CUUAUGCGAAUCAAAAGUUGCAUAUACAUUUGAUGUUAGUGAGGCAUGGUGAACGUCUAAAAGUCGUAAUAAAAAUGGUAUUCUACUUUGAAAGUACUUUGGUUUCGCCGGCUGUCACACUCUUCAUGGGUUUCGACAAACACGAAAAUGAAGAGUUAAUUCGAUGGGGCUGGCCAGAAGAUGUCUGGUUCCAUGUAGAUAAAGUAUCAUCUGCUCAUGUUUACCUCAGGCUCCGACCAGGACAGACAAUUGAUGAUAUUCCAGCUGCAGUCUUGGAAGAUGCUGCACAAUUAGUUAAAGCAAAUAGUAUAAAUGGUAAUAAGAUGAAUGACAUUGACAUAGUAUAUACAAUGUGGGCAAAUUUAAAGAAAACCCCUGGAAUGGAAGUUGGACAGGUCGGAUUCCAUAAAGAGAAAGAAGUUAGGAAACUGAAAGUUUCCAAACGUGUGAAUGAUGCUGUUAAUAGAUUGAACAAAACCAAGAAAGAGGAAAAUCCAGAUUUUCGAGCGGAACGUGAAAAGAGGGACAGAAUGGAAAGAGAAGAUAAGAAGAAAGUGUUGAGGGAAAAGGCAGAUAAAGAAAAGGAGGAAGAGAAAAAGAAACGAGAGGAGUCUGAAUUGAGAAGUUACAGUACCCUAAUGAGCAACGAUAAUAUGUCUAAAUAUGAUGAUGGAAAUGAUUCUGAUGAUUUUAUGUAACUAAUCAAAAAUAAUAAAGUGAAUUUAUAUUUA